AUGUCAUUAAAUUUAAGUGAUUUGAUCAAUCAAUCAUUAGACAAAAUCAAAAAGGUAAUAUCAAAAAAAUAAUCUGAAUUGAAAUAGCUCAUAGAAGAAACUCAAUGUAAAUAUAUUUAUUAUUAAAAAGAGAUUAAGGAUUAUUAUGAUGCAAAUCACUUAAUAAAAGUGUAUUAAUAGUGUAUUGAAUCAAAAUAAGCUAAAUUGAUUGAAUUGGCAUUAUUUGAUAUAAAAGUAAAACUCUAAAAUAUCAUAGAAUAUUGUAGAUUAGGGUUUUUUAGCAGGAGAGUAAAUUAUAGGAGAAAAAAGAGCAAUUGAGAUAGCAUUAGAUUUGGUGAUGUAAACUCAAUAGGAGAAGGAAGAGACUGUUUAAAUAAAUAUGAUAAAAGCAAUAUAAGCUAUAAUGACAAAUAAAAAACAUCAUAUCUAUGGGGAAUCUGUGACAAGAGUAUUUUCACUAUUAAUAAAUUUGCAUUCAGGUAGACAAUAUAAUAAUAUUAAUUAGUUUCAAAGAUUGUUGCAAUUAUAAAUACUAGUAAAGAGGCUUGCCAAAAGAUUGUUAGUACAUAUUUUACAAGACUUGAAGAUUAUGGAAUUCUUAUAGAAGAGGAAUAUUAAUUAGCAAUUUAAUAAUAACAUAAUUAUGGAGUAUUAGUUUUUGGGAAAUGCAAAGCUUAAGUUAAUGCUGAAUAAUACAUGAAAUCUUUAAUGACAUCUAUUGUUGAUGAAGUUUAAAUUUAUUGUGAAAGAAGAUCAAUAUAUGAAAGACAAUAAGAAGAUUUAAAUAAAAUUAAGGUGAUUGACUUAAAUUUACAUGAACCUAGUUUAAGAAAUGUUACAAUAGAUAACAAUUAAAUAUAAGUUAAUUUAGUUAAUGAGAUGAAUAUAAAAAAUGGUAAGUUUGGUUGGUGUAUUGUUUGUAGAAGACAAGCAUCAUAAUAUUGUAAAAAUACUAAAGUACCAAUAUGUAGUAAAGAAUGCAAAUUUAUACAUUUAAAUUAGAUGUUAAGUUUUUCUUAAUCUAAUUAAUAUUCUAUUUUUAGUUAAUAAUAUGAAAAAGAUGCUUAUGAAAUAUUAGAAAUGCUUUGUUAAUUGAGUUAUAGAGAUCCUUAGAAUCCAUAAUUAGUUUAAUUAAUUAUAAAAUGUAAAGUUCUUUCUUUGGAAUUAAUAUAUGAUGCUUUAGCUCAAAGUGACAUCAUAUUGUAAAAUAAACCUAAAUUAAUAUUAAUAUUGAAAGAAUAGUUAUUAGAAUCAUUGCUUAAGAAUUCUCUUUCAGCUGAAAAAUAAUUAUUAAUAUUGACAUUAAAUAUUUUCAUUUAAUUGAUUUGGAAAGUAAGAAGCCAUUUAAAAAAAGAAUUAGAAGCUUUAAUAGAAAAUGUUUAUUUUAAAUUUUUGGAGAGUAGUAAUAGUUCUUUUGAUCAUAAAUAAUAUACUUUGAAAGUUUUCAAUAAAAUUCUUACUCGUCCGAAAGUUGUUAUAGAAAUAUUUGUAAAUUAUGAUUGUUCAGUAGGAUAGAAUAAUUUACUUAAGAAAAUUUUAGAUAUGCAAUGUCGAAUUAUUUAAGGAAGAUAUAAUAAACAAGAAUAUUAAGCUACAAUAUCUUAUAAUCAAGAAAUAUAUCUUAAAUCUUUAUGUUUAGAUAAUUAUUGUGGAUAUGUAAGAAGUUUAAAAGAAUAUUGUGAAUAAUAUGAAGAUUCACAAAAUGUUGUUUAAAUUUAAUCACAUGAUGAAUAAGAAGAUACUAUUAUUUAAUAACAUUAAUUAUCAUAGGAUCCACUUGAAAAAUAGAAAUAAAUGAAAUUAGAAAUGAAUAAGGCUGUUCAAAAAUUUAAUUUUAAACCUGAACAUUGUAUUAAACAUUUAAUUGCCGUUUAAUAUAUGGAAAACAGAGAUCCUCAAAUAUUUGCUUAAUUUCUUUGGGAAAAUAGAGAUUUAAAUAAAGAUAAAUUAGGAGAAUUAUUUGGUAGUUCAAAUGAAUUUGAUUAGAAAGUGUUUUCAUUAUAUGUAGAUAUUAUGAAUUUUAAAGGAUUAUAAGUAGAUGAGGGUUUAAGAUAUAUGUUAGAAUUCUUUACUUUACCAGGAGAAUCAUAAUAAAUAGAUAGAAUUAUGGAAAAAUUUGCUUCAAAAUAUUGUGUAGACAAUCCUGGAAUUUAUUAAUCAGCAUAGGCUGCAUAUACACUUUCAUAUUUACUUAUGAUGUUAUAAACAGAUUUACAUAAUGAAAGAAAUCUAGAUAAAAUGACUUUUGCUCAAUUUACUAAUUUAGCUAAGGGGAUUAAUGAUGGAGAAAAUCUUCCUUAAGAAAUGUUAUAAGGUUUUUAUACAAGGAUUUAAAAGACACCAUUGGCUUUACAUGCAAAAGAAUAAGCAAAGAGGGCAUUAGAAUAAGCAAAUUAAGUAGAUUUUAGAAAGAGACAUGCAAUCUUAGCUAAAGAGGCAGAAGAUUCAUUAAAAAAAUGGUUUAAAGAACAUUCAAAUUAAGAUGCAUUCUAUUAUGUAAAUUCAAUAGAACAUAUGAAAUCUUUAUUAUAAUAAACAUGGAGUGUAAUAUUUGCAUCAAUAAGUGUAUUUUUAGAAUAGACUGAUGAUUAAAAAUAAAUAUAAUUAUGCUUUGAAACAAUAUAAGCAUUUAUUUAAUUGAUGGGUAGAUUUGAUCUAGAUGAAGAAAAAGAUACAUUUAUUAGUUUUCUAUAUAGAUAUUGUACAAAUAUCCCAAAUACUUAUAAAUAAAUAUUGGGAGUACAAACUUUGAUUAAAGUUACUUUAUAAAGUGGAUAAUAUUUACGUAAAAGUUGGAAGAUUGCUUUACAAUUAAUAUCAAGAUUAGAAUAAUUACAUCAAGUAGUAAAGAAAAUAAAAGUAGACUCACCUUACAAAGAGACUUAUAAUUAAGAUGACAUAAUUAAUAUUGAAAGAUUGUUUUAAUAAAUAUAAUAUGAUCAGAUUGAUAAAAUAUUUAAUAGUUCAAUUAAUUUGGAUUCCAAUUCAAUAUUAGAAUUUAUUAGAGCAUUAUGUGAAUUAUCUAUAGAGGAAAUUAAAUAUAAUAGAAUAUUUUUAUUAAGUAGAGUGAUUGAAGUUGCUGAUUUUAAUAUGAAUAGAAUUAAAAUUAUCUGGUCUAGAAUGUGGGAAAUCAUGAGAGAACAUUUUCUUGAAGUUGGAUGUCUCAAAAAUGUAGAUGUUGCAAUCUAUGCUAUAGAUUAAUUAAAAUAAUUAAGUUGCAAAUUCUUAUAAUAACCUGAAUUGAUUAAUUAUCAUUUCUAAAAAGAAUUUCUUCUACCAUUUGAAUAAAUAUUUAGUCAUACUUAAGCUUAAUAGUAAAAUAAGAUAUAAUUGAAAGAAUAUUUAUUAUCUUGUAUGUGUAUGAUUACCAAUAUCUGUUUCAAUUCAAUUAAAAGUGGAUGGAAAAUUAUUAUGAGUAUUGUAAACUAAGCUCUAUAAGAUGAUUAAUAAUAAUUAGUUAGAUUAUGUGUUUAGAUUACUGAUAAAAUUAUGGAAGAUGUGAAUAAUUAAUAAGUAUAUUCCGAAAUUUAUCUGGAACUUAUAUAAGCAUUAAUUAAAUUGACAAAAAAUUAAGAUAUUAGUAUAGUUUCAAAUUCGAUUAAACAAUUAAAAGUUUUAGUUGAUCACAUUGUUUAAAUCAAAAGAGAUGAUAACAAAUAUUUAGAUUAAUUAUGGAUUCCUGUUUUAUCAGCUCUAUCCAUUUUAUAUAGUGAUGAUAGAGUAGCUGUAUAAUAAUAAAGUGUUAAUACUUUAUUUGAAUUAUUAAAAAUACAUGGUGAAUAAUAAUCUAAUGAAUUUUGGAAAAUGAUUAUGAGAGGUGUGAUAAAACCAUUAUUUGAUGAAAUAUAGUUUUCUAAAUUAUAAUUUACAAAACAAUCAUAAACAAAAUAAUAGGUUAUCUAAAAUUGUAAAAUUACCUUUUAUUUAUUCACAGAUCUAGUUGUACUUUAUAUUUAAUAAAUGCAACCUUGUUUAAAUGAUUUAAUUGAUAUUUAUAUUUAACUAGUGUUGUAAACAUAAGAUGUAAUAUUUUUAAUUUAUUUAAGUUUCUUUCAACUUUAUGUCUAGAUUCACUUAAAACCAUAAUUAAAUAGGGAGGACAAUCAUUUACAGAUGAAAACUGGACUGUUAUUAUUGAAUAAAUAUAACAUCUUUUGUAAUAAUGUUCCCCUAAUGAAUUGUUUGAGGCUUAUAAUUUGGAUGAAGAUUUUUAGAAACCUUUGAAUGAAUUAUUAAAAGAGGAAAUAAGACCUAAAAAGUUUAGUUUUAAAAUUAAUGCCUAUGAAUGCACUUCAAAAUAAUCUAUUCAAUAUAAAUGUCUAGAAAUUCUUGAGCUUUAGGCUAUUUAAUUUAAUAACUCAAUAUCUUAAUAACAUAAACAAUAAAUUUUAACAAUUUUUACUGAGUAAUAUUAAAAAUGCAAGAUAUUUAAUACACAUUUAUAUAUGAGAUAUUUUUUAGAAUAAUGGGCUAUGUAAUGGAAUAGAGUAAAGAAUGGAUUAGAAGAUUUAGAUGAAUUAAUUGAUAAUUAAAAUACUAAUAAAUAAUUAAGUUUUAUAAAUUAAGAAUUUAUUUCGGCAAAAGUUAUAGUUAAAUUAACAUCCAAACCUUUAGAAUUUAUUGAAUAAUUAAUUUAAAGAUUUAGUGAUGCUUACAAUGGAUUUUAAUAACCUAUACACAAACCUGAAACUUUGAAUGGCUGUUUAGAAUAACUUAGAUACUCAGAAUCCUAAACUUUAAUAAGCAUAUCUCAAAUUUUAUUUAUGGAAAGUGUUUUUCCAAUUUUAUAGAUUAAUUUACAAUAGAAAAUAGUUAGUAAAUGGCUUAUUUAAUUAUUAAAAUUGGGAUUGAAUGCAUAAAAUGUAGAAAAUAGAGAAUAUAAUAAAACUUUAGUAAAUUUAUUAGAAGAAAUAAUAAAUUGUGAGAAUAAUUAAUAUUGA